AUGAAACCGCUCUUCUGUGUCACGUUUGGUGCCCAUAACGCUAUUGCUCCCGAGCUCAAAAAAUACAUGGACAAGCGCCUGCUUCUGCAGCUCAACGCCAAACGCUCGGUCACAGGCGUCCUGCGCGGCUACGAUGCCUUCAUGAAUGUCCACCUGGACGAUGCCUUCGAGGAGAUCUCCGAGGAGACACGCGAGCCCCUUGGCAAGGUCGUCAUCCGCGGCAACAGCAUCGUAUCAAUGGAGGCUCUGGAACCGCUUUACUAA